AUGCAAGAUCGCGCAUUUCAGUCGGUUACGACAGUCUGUGAACAGUACCAAGACGUCCGUGCAAUUAUUUGUGAUGAACCCAACUUGUUGUUCAAUGCCAGCGAUUCCAAACAGUCACCAUCCCGACGAAGGCAGUGUUUCGAAGAGGGCUCGAAAAAACCAAGCAACAUCAGUUCUCCAACCCACAAUGCCAACGGAUUCAACGGUGGAACAAGUGCAAUUCCCGUGGUCAAAGACAUUCGCGGCUAUCCUGUAGAUUUCGAAAUGCCAAGUGUCACAAUUGCGGUAAGCUUGGCUGUCUGUAAAAGUGCGAAAUCGUAUCUCACCAAACGUACGACUGUCCAUUCCUCUAAAGAUUAA